AUGCCCAGUUCCGACGCUAUAGCUGAAAACAUGAAGCAGUGGCCAGAAAUCUUUUCUCAAACCAAAUGCAAGCUAGUCGAAACGACCGCUGGUCAGAAAGGAAAGUACGCAACGCUGAGCUAUUGUUGGGGAAAUGGGCUGCCGUUCAUGACUACCACGGAGACGCUUCCAAUGCGAAAGAGCAGCAUCGGCUUUCAGGAUCUUCCUAAGACGCUUCAAGAUGCUGCUAUGGUAGUACGGUUUCUUGGUCUACGGUACGUAUGGAUUGACUGCUUGGCAAUUGAUGACACGGCAGACUGGGAGAAAGAAUCGGCUGUCAUGGCCGACAUCUACUCCAGAUCAUACAUCAACAUCGCUGCAUCCAACGCUUCACAUUGCGGAGCAGGCUUCCUAGGACGACGGAAGAUGCCACUGACUGAACGUAUCGAGAUCCACGAUAGCGAAGGUAAUCUAGAAGUAUAUCUCGUCGCCCAACAGACCCGCAACUACGCACUACCAAGCGACCCCCUCGAAACACGAGCCUGGGUCCUCCAAGAACAACUCCUGCCAUCCCGCUCCCUCCAUUUCGGCAGCGCCAACAUGUUUUGGCGCUGUCCCGACGGCAUCUCGCACGAGGAGCGUAGAAAAGGCUGGACGCACCUCUACACCCUCGAUGCCGUGGUAUCCAGCAUACGCCUACCUAUCGGAGCUGCCCUUGGCAAAGACGCGUGGUUCCAACUGGUACUUGACUAUACCUCCCGCGGUAUUACAUACCCCAAAGACAAAUUCCCGGCCAUCUCGGGCGUCAUGACUGUCUUACAGCGCAUGAUUGGCGACAUCCCCGCAGCAGGACUCUGGCAGCGUAACUUCCUCAAGUGGCUCCUAUCUGAGCCUGCUCCGUACCCUCAGCAGAGCUACAUACGCCAUCGGUCUGGAUGCGUAUGUACCCUCCCUUCCUCACCCAAGCAAGAAGACAAACGCUCUGAAGGCGAACACGAGACCGCAGAACAAUUCGCUCAGAACUGGAAUCCAACAAAAUUCCCCAAACUGAAAGAAUGGACAAACGACGACUUCCGCUCAGCGAUCCAGCACUGGACAUUUGACCGCAACAAGAAGAACACACCCGAAGCUAUCAACGAAGCAGAAGCUGCCCUUUACGAUCUCAACAGCGGUUCUUGGGCUGGGCAUGUUAUUAAGAACGGCCCUAGAGAGACCUUUAAGAUCAUGACCAGAAGAGACAACAGGAUUGACCACGCCACACAACUUUCAUUACCCAUAAUCGCCGGAGCAUCAGGCACUGCAGCCCUAGCAGCCUACCUCAACGCGAAAUAUCACAUUGCCCACGACCUCAGGCGUAAACGCGGUGCUCUCUCGCCGACACAAGAGGUCCUUGACUUCAUCGCCGACCGUGCAGCUCGCAAACGUGCUCUCACGUACCACGCUUUCGAAGACCAGGUGCGCAAACAGCCGAACCAUCCGUUUCUCAUCUUCGAAGGCAAAACCUGGUCAUACAAGGAGUUCUUUGAUGCAUUCACCAGGGUGGGGAAUUGGUUGAUAGAGGACCUGGGCAUACAAGCUGAUGAGGUGGUGGCUGUGGAUGGCGGGAAUAGCCCAGAGUAUAUAAUGCUCUGGUUUGCGCUGGAUGGAAUUGGAGCUGUUCCGAGCUUCGUCAACUGGAACCUCACUGGGACAGGAUUGGUGCAUUGCGCAAAGCUAUGCGGCUGCAGAUUCCUCAUCGCAGACGCCGAUGUCAAGAGCAAUGUCGAGCCAUGCCGUGCGGAUCUUGAGGAGACCGGCAUCAAGAUCCAGUACUACGAUCCCUCUUUCUUCGCGUCGCUACCGAACCCGACUCCUAUACCAGACUCGCGUCGCGAACACGUUACUAUAGAGUCCCUCCGCUCGCUGCUUUAUACUUCCGGAACGACCGGACUGCCCAAAGGUGUGACUUUGAGCACUGGUCGCGAGCUCUUAACUGGCUACAGCGCCGCCAAAUACCUCGAACUGAACCCGGCAUCCAGAAUGUACACAUGCAUGCCUCUCUAUCACGGGGCUGCGCAUGGCCUUUGCGUUACACCGAUGGUUCAUUCUGGCGGUACAGUCGUAUUGAGCCGGAGGUUUUCGCACAAGACCUUUUGGCCUGAAGUCGCAGCUUCAGAUGCGGAUAUCAUCCAGUACGUCGGCGAGCUUUGCAGAUAUCUACUCAACGGCCCGACGAAUACAUUCGAGCGGAAACACAAAGUCAAGAUGGCAUGGGGCAACGGUAUGCGCCCCGACGUAUGGGAACCCUUUCGUGAGCGUUUCAACAUACCCAUCAUCAACGAAUUAUAUGCGGCUACCGAUGGAUUAGGGGCGACAUUCAAUCGAAACGCUGGUCCCUUCACGGCGGGUAGCAUAGGUCUCCGGGGGCUGAUCUGGAAUUGGCGGUUCGGCGACCAGGAAGUGAGGGUGAAGAUGGAUGUUGAUACGGAAGAGAUUAUGAGAGAUGCAAACGGCUUUGCAAUCAGAUGCGGAGUGAAUGAGCCGGGCCAAGUGCUGCACAGAUUAACACCAGACACGGUGGCUACUUCACCAGGCUACUACAAGAACGAAAGUGCCACAGAGAAUAGGAGAAUUAGGGAUGUGUUCGAGAAGGGCGAUAUAUGGUUUAAGUCUGGAGAUAUGAUGCGACAAGAUGCCGACGGCCGCGUCUUCUUCGUCGACCGUCUAGGCGAUACGUUCCGUUGGAAGUCAGAGAACGUAUCGACGAACGAAGUAGCCGACAUGCUCGGAAAAUUCCCACAGAUCGCUGAAACGAACGCAUACGGCGUCCUUGUGCCUGGCUACGACGGCCGAGCGGGCACUGCAUCUAUCGUUAUGGCAGAUGGAGUCACAGAGUCAACAUUCGACUUCGCAGCUCUGGCAAAGCACGCGAAAGCGGUCUUACCGAGUUAUGCAGUGCCGCUGUUUCUAAGAGUAACGCCUGCAUUAGAGUAUACGGGUACUUUAAAGAUUCAGAAGGGUAGGUUGAAGAAGGAAGGUGUGGAUCCGGAUAAGAUCACUGGAGAGGAUAAGCUGUAUUGGCUGCCGGAGGGUAGUGAUCGGUAUGUCCCAUUCACGAAGAAGGAUUGGGAGGCUGUAGUGGAGAAGAGGGUACGAUUGUCGUAG